GGAAAGCCAGCCUUCACAAACCGCGUAUCCGAAGCAACACGCGAAAGAGAGAAGCAGUCAUACCUACCCUGUCCCCGUAGUGUUCGGGACCUCAAGAAGAGGGAGUCGCUACACACCGCCACUGUUGACUUCAGUGUCACUGCAAACCUCCCUCGAGAGAGAAAGCCCUACUGCGGUGCAACAGAGAGAACGGCUGCUGGCUGCAGAGGAGAGAGAGAAACAAGAGAGGAGGGGGUGAGAGGGGGUGGGCCUGGGCACGACGGUAACAGCAAUGAAGAUCGAAGAAGUACAGUCGACAACCAAAGCCCAGCGAGUGGCCGUCCACACGCACGUCAAGGGCCUGGGUUUGAAGGAGAAUGGCGAGGCGAUGGGCGUAGGCGCGGGUCUCGUCGGGCAAGAGAAGGCCCGGGAGGCGGCGGGCGUGGUGGUGGACCUGAUUAAGGCGAAGAAGAUGGCGGGGAGGGCCUUGCUGCUGGCGGGAGCGCCCGGCACUGGGAAGACCGCGCUGGCGCUGGGGGUUUCGCAGGAGCUAGGGCCAAAGGUGCCGUUUUGCCCGAUGGUUGGGUCCGAGGUGUACUCGAGCGAGGUCAAGAAAACGGAGAUCUUGAUGGAGCACUUCCGUAGAGCCAUCGGACUCCGAAUCAAGGAAAACAAAGAGGUGUACGAGGGAGAGGUGACGGAGCUAACGCCGGAGGAGACUGAGAACCCGCUUGGCGGAUACGGCCGGACCGUUUCCCACGUCGUGAUCGGCCUCAAGACUACGCGAGGCUUGAAGCAGCUCCGGCUGGACCCGAGCAUCUACGAGGCUCUGCAGAAGGAGGGAGUGGCCGUCGGAGACGUAGUGUACGUGGAGGCUAACAGCGGGGCUGUCAAGCGGGUCGGUCGAUCGGACGCCUAUGCGACGGAGUUCGAUCUGGAGGCGGAAGAGUACGUGCCCCUGCCAAAGGGAGAGGUCCACAAGAAGAAGGAGAUCGUGCAAGACGUUACCCUCCACGACCUGGACGUUGCGAACGCUCGCCCGCAAGGGGGGCAGGACGUCCUCAGCAUGAUGGGGCAGCUCAUGAAGCCCAAGAAAACGGAGAUCACGGAGAAGCUCCGGACGGAGAUCAACAAGGUGGUGAACCGAUAUAUCGACCAGGGGGUGGCGGAGCUGGUGCCGGGCGUGCUGUUCGUGGACGAGGUGCACAUGCUGGACAUCGAGUGCUUCACGUACCUCAACAGAGCGCUGGAGUCGAGCCUCAGCCCCAUCGUUAUCUUCGCGACGAACCGCGGCGUGUGCACGAUCCGCGGCACGGAUGUUCUCGCUCCCCACGGCGUUCCUGUUGACCUGCUGGACCGCAUGCUCAUCAUCCGCACCAUGCCUUACAGCAUCCCAGAGAUGGAGAUGAUCGUCUCGAUCCGAGCUGAGGCAGAGUCUAUCGAAGUGGAGCCGGAGGCAUUGACCGCCCUCGGGAAGAUUGGUGCCAAGACCUCUCUGCGGUACGCCGUCCAGAUGCUUACGCCAGCACGCAUUCUCGCCGAAACGAGCGGCAGGAAAAAGAUUAAUAUCGGGGACGUGGAGGAGGUGGACGGGCUCUUCCAUGACGCCAAGGCGUCCGCGCAGCUGCUCACUGACGACGCAGAGGGGUACCUUCACUAGCGUUAUUUUCCAAACCGACCAUAUGGGUGUCACGGUUGCUUCCGGCGUCGGCAAUGAUGGAUGGCGUGCGUAGAUGGCGCAGAGAGGUACCUCGACUAGGUUCAUUUUCUAAACCAUGUAGAAGUAUGUCAUUUUUGGGCGCCUGGGUGGCUUCCGGCGUCGGCAAUGGUGGAUGGCGUGCAUACAUGACGCAGAGGGAUACCUCCACUUGCGUUUAUUUCUUACACCAAUACUGUGGUUGGGUGCAUCAGGAUUCUUGCUUGGGGUGCAGUCAAUGAUGGAUAGCGUACACAGGUGACGGGCUACUUUUUUUCGGCGUUGUUCUGAGAUAGCAGCAUUCAAACGCGGAGAGAUUUGUGUGUUUCAAAAUUCGCACAAACACAGAAUGGUGGGCGGGGGAAUCCCCUGGUCGGCAGACCCCGAUUCUUGAUCGGCAGUCGGGAGCCCUGUUUUGUGCCGGUGCCCGCUCUAGGGCCGGCAAGCACAGAGUGAAUCAUCACCAAGUAAUUCUGCACUUUGAACAGUGCCGUUGUGUGGUAUAUAUAUGUAGUGCUGCCAGUUCUCCGGGCAAAAUCCGGUCCUAAACAGCCCCCCCCCCCACGGUAAGGAAAGGCUGGUGCCGAUAAGGAGUGCUCGCCACUUUGGCGCAAGCACCGGUUGGUGGGUGACCGAGUGUGGGGUGGGGGUAUGGUCUGCCUGUGGCUCGACAAGGAGAGUAAUCAUGGCCUUGUCCAUGUAGUGCUCUCCCGCGCCCAUGGGUGUGAACUACCAACCCCCGUUUCGAGUGUUUUGGGGCUCCCGCAGCCUGUGCACGCGCGUGGUGUGGCUACAAGUGCUCUUCACCGAUUUCGCGGCGACAUCAGUUGAUUACAACUAUUCUUGCACAGUAGCGAUCCCUACGAAAACCCCCGUUGUAUUGCCAAGGAAUUUCGCCGGCCUUGUACCGGGCGCCCGGAAGCACUUUUACGGUAAAGAGAUAACUUGAAA